AUGAUAGCCACUGAAAAUGGGGGUUGGGUCGAAGGACAAGGUAAAUCGCCUGAAACUGUUACUACAACCGUUAUAGUCACGGUUGAACCAACUCGAGGAACCCCUACAGAAUCGACCCGUACUACAACAACACAAAGUCCAACUACAUCAACUUCAACAACAGCAACAUCACCAGGUCCCCCUACCGCUACUACGACUCAGCCAACUACGACUUUCACUACUACAACAUCAACUCAUUCAGGAGGUCCGUCAGGAAGUCCGUCAAACACUCCAUCACCAACAUCGGGUGCAUCUAUUACUUAUUGGGAUGGAAGUCUUAAGGCUGCGAUUUGUAUCGCAGCCUUUGCCGUG